AAAGCCUACAAAGGUCAAUGUCAGCUUGUUCUCUCUGUUGUUAUAGAUUCCCCUCCCGACACACACACCUUUCCAAUGCUCAGUUGUGCACGUUGUGCAGGCAGGACUUCUGACUGUACAUGAGAAGUGCUAUUGAGCAACUAGCAGGUGGUUCCUAUAUGGGAGUUCCCUCUAUUAAAGUGAUAUAAAGCCUGGAGCAGGUUGUCACAGUAGGAGUUGGUUCACACAAGAACCAGCAGGCUCCGUUCACUGUCACAAUGAACCAAAGGAGGUUCCUCCUGUUCUCUUGCCUCCUGGGUCUCAUCGCUGGAGCCACCUCAAAGCUGCAUCAUGUCCUGACUAUCCCAGUACAGUUGAGCAGUGGAGGGACACAGAGGGCCUGUGUGAACUUACAGGACUAUGAAGAAGCAGUUAGUCUCCAUGUUGUCUUGCUGCACAAUGGAGUUGAAACCACCAUCUUUGAAGAAACAGUUCAACCCCCUUGUUUUUUUAUGUGUAAAGAAUUCCCAGUUCCGGAAGUAGAAUCUGAUACACCUGUCGCUGUCACGCUUUCUGCAAUCAGUGGUGAAGAAGAAGUUUUGGAUCGUAAGACGGUCGUGAUUGUUUCGCAACAGAAGACACAAACUGUCACAUUCAUUCAGUUCGACAAACCUAUCUAUAAGCCUGGCAAUAAAGUUGACUUUCGACUGAUCACAAUGGAUUCCCUGCUGCACCCAGUAAAUCAGCAGUUCUCAGCUGUUUACCUUCAGGACCCUUCAGGGAGUCGCAUAGCCCAGUGGCUAGAUCUGACCUCACAACGUGGUGUUGCGGAACUGUUCUUCCAGCUUAUCAGUGACGCAGCUCCUGGCUCCUACAAUAUCAUUGUUGAGAGCACAUCAGAUAACAUUGAUGUUAUGGAAUAUUUUACAGUGGAAGAAUACAUACCACCGAGAUUCAGUGUCUCCGUGGCCGCCCCUCAAACUUUAUCUGUAUUGGACGAGACUGCGAAAUUCAAUGUCUCUGCUGUAUACACCUAUGGUCAACCAGUCCCGGGUAGGGUCACAGUACGGAUUUGCAAACAAGUUUUUCCCUUUGGACGAAGUCGAAACUGCUUAAAGGACAAAUCAGAAAAAUGCUUGAAUACAACCGAACAGUUGGGCCCUGAUGGAACAUACCAAGCUGAAAUUGAUUUGAACCCUUUAAGCAUAGGGCUUUCUGUCUUUGGGUCAUCUCUGUCUGUGGACAUCACAGUGGUUGAGGAAGGCACAGGGGUCCAAGUAAGAGAAAAUCGUUACAUCGGCAUCAGUAGCCAGCUUGCCAGUCUCUCGCUUGACUAUGAGUCUCUGCAGCAGUAUUACAAACGGGGGCUGCCUUACGUAUUAAGGGUGACAUUAAGAAACGAGAAGGGGCAGCCUCUUGCAAAUGAAAAAGUCGAUCUGGAAAUUCAGAGCAGUGUUAUUCAAGAAGUAAAUACAGACCAGGCUGGAAAGGCAGAGUUUCAGAUUGAUACCUCAAGCUUUGUGAUGCCCAAUUUCACAUUCAAGGUCAGUUAUCAGAAUCCAGCCCUAUGUUACUACUCCCAGUGGGAAAACACUAACUAUCCUUCUGUUGAAUAUCAAGUGCUACGGUUCUACUCGGAGAGCGGCAGCUUCUUGCAGCUUUAUGGCCCAAAGGAGGCACUGAGUUGUGGGAAGAGCUACAGCAUCAACGUGCAGUAUAUUGUGAACUGUGAUAAAGCGGGAGACACGGCUACUUUCUUCUUCUUGGUAAUGUCGAAAGAAAAGAUUGUUCUCUCUGGUGCACAGGAUGUUGAUGUUUCUACAUCUAAAAAUGGCUCCAUUUCUAUAAAUAUUGAUGUGACUUCAGAACUCGUUCCUUCUGCAAGAGUUAUAGUGUACAGCAUAUUGCAUUCCGAGCUUAUAGCAGAUACUGUGACUCUGAAUAUUGAAACCUGCUUCAAGCACCAGGUUUCCCUCAGCUUCUCGGAGGAUCGAGGCCCACCAGCUUCAAAUGUUGACCUGAAAAUAUCAGCUGCUCCUGGAGCUUUUUGUGGCGUUAGGGUUAUUGAUUCCAGUCUCCUCUUGCUCAAUUCAUACGAAAGAUUUUCAGCCUCUAAUGUGUACAGCUCCAUUCCAUAUCUGUCACUUUAUGGGUACAACGUUGGUGAAUUAGAUUUGGAAGAGCCAAAGCCUCCCUGUGAGGAUCCUCACAGACAAAUAUUCUACAAUGGGAGCUAUUAUAUACCUAUAAGCAGCUAUUCAGAAGGAGACAGCUAUGGUAUUUUCAAGCAAUUGGGUCUGGUGGUUGGUACUGAAUACAGGCUGAGAAAACCAGUUGUCUGUGGAUAUGAACAGGAGCCAAUUGUGCCUAUUAGGAAAGGUGGCUUUGGAGGUGGCUUUGGAGGUCCCAUGCUAACAUCUGUUCUAGCGGAUGGAGUUGGCACAGGACGCAUUGAAACAGUUCGAAAAGACUUCAGGGAGACCUUUGUAUGGAAAAUGGUGGUUGUUGACUCAGAAGGCAAAUUAUCAUUCACGGAGAAAGUCCCAGACACCAUCACCGAGUGGAAAGGCUCCAUGUUCUGUCUUUCUGAGGAGCAAGGAUUUGGGAUGACUACAUACACAGCCAACUACACGUCAUUCCUGCCGUUCUUUGUGGAACCUUCGUUGCCUUAUUCCAUCACUAGAGGGGAGACCAUGGUGCUGAGGGCAUUUGUGUCCAACUACUUGCAGAAAUGCAUCACGAUCAGCGUAACCCUGGCGGAAUCUGCUGAUUUUGAAGCUGCGCCCCAGGACGUCCAACAGGAUAAAUGUAUCUGUGCAGGCGGCAGAGCCACUUACUCAUGGAAUGUAGAUGCAAAGACAUUAGGUGAGAUCAGCUUUUCCUUGUCUGCCGAGACAACUAACAUUGGAGACACUUGUGAGGGGCCCAACGACCCAUCCCAGCCCCUCCGCAAAGAUACAGUGAUCAGAACGGUUCUGGUGGAGGCUGAGGGUAUCAGAAGAGAAGUGACUUCUAGCAAUCUUGUUUGUGUGGAUGGUUCUAAUACUGAAAUACCCAUCAGUAUUACUCCCCCUGAAAACAUAGUGUCGGGCUCAGCUGAUGGCUACAUCAUUGCCCUGGGUGAUGUUAUUGGUCUACCUCUGAGUAAUCUCCAGAAUCUGCUCCAGAUGCCCUAUGGGUGUGGUGAACAGAACCUUGCCCGUUUGGCACCCAUUCCAGAUGUUCUGGAUUAUCUGAACAACACAGGACAGCUGACUGAUAAAAUUCUUCAGACUGGGAUAAAAUUCAUGACUGAAGGUUAUUACCGGCAGACGAGAUAUAAACUGUGGAAUGGAGCCUAUAGUACAUUUUGGGGCUGGGCUGCUCAGUCGAAUUCCUGGCUCACUGCUUACACCUUUAAAACACUAGAAAAAUGUAAGAAGUACAUUUUUAUUGAUAAAAACAUUCAGCAGCAAACUUUAAUUUACUUGGAACAGAGACAGAAGCUGGAAAGUGGCUGCUUUAUGCCAGAGGGGCAACUGUUCAUAAAGGAGGAUGAAAAAGACGAGGAAGCAAUUAGCGUCCAGUACACGGCUUUCCUUGCUAUUGCUCUUCUAGAAUCUAACUACAGCCUUGGGAAGACCUUGCUGGAUGGCGCCAUGGGGUGCCUCAGGAAUGCUUCUACUCGGGAGCAAAAGAUGAUCAAUAAGGCCCUCAUGCUCUACGCCUUUACCUUAGCUGGGGAUGAGGAACAUAGAGCAAGUCUGCUGGAGGCAGUGAAACAAAGUGCUGUUUCUGAAGGAGGCAUCUUGCACUGGGAGCGUGAAGGUACAACUGGAAAUGUGGCAGUUCCUUUCUUUUACCCCCGUCAUGCAGCAGCUAAUGUUGAAGUUACAGCCUACAUCUUACUAAGUAUUGCAAAGGGUUCCAUUGUCACCCAGGAGGACCUGACCUACAUGGCUCAAAUAGCAGUUUGGCUUAUCCGCCAGCAGAACUCAUUCGGAGGCUUCAGAUCAACUCAGGACACAGUGGUGGCACUACAGGCUCUCACUUCCUAUGGUCGUCUGAUAUAUAAACCUAACGCCAAUCACAAUUUGGCCAUAACAAGUGGCAAUGAUGGAGUUGGACAGAUGACUUUGAAUCAAAGUAACCGGCUCCUAGUCCAGAGACAGCCACUUCCUGAAGUCCCUGGGGAAUAUGGCGUUGGUGUUAGUGGCACAGGAUGUUGUUUGAUACAGAGUACUGUACGAUAUAACAUCCCGGUUCCAGAUGAGAAUUCUGCUUUCUCGAUGUCUGCAACAUCCUCUGGAAACUGCCUGGAUGGAGUAGCAACUCUAGUUGAUCUCACCCUCCAAGUCAGUUACCAAGGCAAUCGUGAUGCCCCAAGUACGGUGAUCAUUGAUGUCAAAUUGCUUUCUGGGUACCAGGCAGAUUACUUGUCCCUUUAUGAGCUGGAGAAUGCAAAAUUGAUUGCCAGAUUCGAAGAGAAGAACGGUCAUGUUAUUCUGUACCUUAACUCUAUUUCCAGUGAACCAGUUGACCUCACUUUCAAGAUGCAGAUGGGCAGCCGGGUGCUGAAUGUGAUGAGCAGCUCAGUUUAUGUUUAUGACUACUACGAAGCAGAUGAAAAUGGCUAUGCAUCAUACAGUCACCCCUGCCCAGUGGCCACAUAAAGAAUAUAAUUGUCUUCCAUGUGUGAACAGAUGUCAUAUAUCAGAUGUCAUACUCCUAGAAUCACCAGAAAGCUGUGCUUGUGCUCAAGAAUUAUCAUCUGAUCUCUCCUCAACUCCCUUCUCUUCAUGAGAAUUAGGUGACCCUCUGCCUGGUCCAUAGAAGGACUCAUUCACUUUCCUGCUUUUAAAACAAAGUCCAGCUCUUAUUCUUUUAGAUUAAUCUUCCAUUCCUUGCCUUUACCUAAUAUUUUUUAAAUAAAUGGGCUGUGCAAAAGUGUACUGAAGCCUCUGGAGGUCUAUGACUACGGGUUCCUCUUCUUUUCUUCACAAUUUACAACGUAUUUUUAGGAUACUCCCUUUGCACUCAGCACUCUGUUGACUCCUCCAGUUCUGGUUGUAUAAAUAUCUUAAUGAAACAGAUAAUAAAGUGAUGUUCACACCCUC